AUGGCAUCAGAUGGAAGAGAAAUGGAUGAUAUUGAAUCAAACUUUUUUAAAGAGGUCUGGUGUAAAUCUGUACCCUCAAAGGUAGCUGCUACGGGUUGGAAGAUAGGACUCCAAAGGAUGCCAAUAAUGGAGAACUUGAUCAAGAGAGGUUUGGUGAUUCAUAGUAACAACUCUGGUCAGUGCGUCUUCUGUAGAGAUCAAGUGGAAACAUCUUCCCACCUGUUCUUCUCAUGCAAGAUAGUUUAUGGUCUUUGGAUGAAUUGUUAUAACUGGAUGGGAAUUCAAGGUGUGUUACCGAAGGAAGACAUGCUCCAUUUUCUUCAGCAUGCGAUUCCUUGGAAAGGGAAAAAAGUGAACGGAUGGUGGAAAACUGUAUGGUUUGCAACUAUUUGGAGUAUAUGGCUAUGUAGGAAUGCUGUCAUCUUCAACUCAGGGAUCAUUGAUAUUGAGGAAUUAUGCAGCUUGAUAAAAUGGAGGGCAUGGACUUGGCUUAGAGCGAGAGUUCCUUCUUUUAAAGUAUCUCAUUAUGAGUGGGACAAGGAUCCAAUCUAUUGUUUGACCAUGGGAGCUGCUGCGUGA